AUGCAGCUGACGAUGCAGUUCGAAACCCCCAUUCUGCAGCAGCAGCAGCAGCAGCAGCAGCAGCAGCAGCAGCGGCAGCAGCAGCAGCGGCAGCAGCAGCAGCGGCGGGCGUGGGGGUGCGGGCAGCGACCAAAGGGGGAUUUGGAGACACGAGGCCGCGACUGGUGGCACUCGCGAGCAGCAGCAAAGGAGGCAGCAGCAGCAGCAGCAGCAGCAGCAGAGGAUAUGAAAGCAGCAGCAAAGGAGACAAGUGCAGCAGCAGCAGAGGAUAUGAAAGCAGCAGCAAAGGAGAGCGGCCGCACCGCCACCAAACCGAAGCGACAGCAGCAGCACCAACGCGAAGACACAGCAGCAGCAGCAGCAGCAGCAGCAACAGCAGCAGCAGCAGCAGCAGCAGCAGCAGCAGCAGCAGCAGUCUUGCCUGUGGAGCAGCAGCGCCGCCUCCCCAGCAGCAGCCGCCAGCACAAACAGCUCCUCCUCCUCAGCAGCACCAGCAACAGCAGCAGCGGCGCCCCAGAGGCAGCAGCAGCAGCAUCACCAGCGCCCCCUCCCCUCCCCUCCCCGCAGCAGCAGCAGCAGCAGCAGCAGCAGCAGCAGCAGCAGCAGCAGCAGCAGCAGCACCGGGCUGGGGGGCGAGGGCCAUGA